AUGGCUCCCAUUUUCACUGAUCCUCACGUCAAAACCAUCAUCGACAGCUUCCUGCCUCGGCGUGAUGUCCUGGUCUCGUCCUUGAUAACGUGUGCCAUCCAGCCCGAUGAACGCCACGCCGUCAUGGUGAGCUAUGGCGUUAACAAUGUGGACAACCUCGGCAUGCUCUUCGAGACUUGUCGUGUGACUCCGAAAUGUGCCCGCCAUCUCAAGCGGCUCCGAGCGCAAAUGACGACGGCCAAUAUGGUGCAAUGCCAUGAGGAUGUCGCUGCACUUCGCCCGCGCCCCAUACUCGGUGGUGCGGCCUAUUUGCACUCUGACAGCCCCAAGUCUGAGGCGACGAUGCUGCUGACAAGCCCCAUGGUUGACACCAGCUUGCCGCCAAGUUCUCCCAUCAUGUCGCCAGCCUUGCAUCACCGUGGGCAUCCUCCAUUGGACUCUGGCAAUGUCUCAGUGCUUGUGGUGUGCAAGAGAUCAGACAUUCCUCUCAUUAUUCCAGCACGGGGAAUACUUUGCCACGAUUACCUCGAAUUCACCUUCAAGCAGAGUUUUAUCGAGACCAUGCUCGUCGAUGACGCAUGA